AUGCAUCAAUCGCAAUUCCUUCUAAGGCUGAUUCUUGCAAUCGAAGUAGCUUCCGCUCAUCCUCAAUCAUGGGGUCCAAGGAAGUUUACCAGUCUUGUUUCCUUUGGGGAUAGCUACACCGACCAAUCACGACUGAACUACUUUGGCUCUCAUAACGGGUCAGCUCCACCAGUUGGCUGGGAGCAGCCAGACAACAACAAUACCGCAUCAGGUGGCUAUGUCUGGGGCCACUAUGUCUCGCAAUACGCCGAUGUAAACCUGUACAACUACGCCGUCAGCGGCGCCGUAUGCUCCAACGAGAUCACCCCGCGCACAUUCUCCUACAUCAACGCCCUUUUCCCUUCUGUCCUGGAGUACGAAGUGCCUGCCUUUCUGGCAGACAGCAAGCAUAAAGUCUCCGGAAAGAAGUUCCUCGACAUCCCACCCCGGGAAACGGUGUACUCGAUCUGGAUCGGUACCAACGACUUGGGCAACUACGCCUUUAUCACUGACUCCCAGGUCAAGAAUAAGACCAUACCGGAUUACAUCAACUGUGUGUACUCCGUUCUCGACCAGGUCUAUGCAAAUAGCGGCAGAUACUUCGUGCUCAUGAACCUGGCGCCCCUGCAGCUGGCACCCCUGUACGCGACGCUCGAGAACGGCGGCGUGGGGGCCAACCACUACUGGCCCGACAAGCCCGAUAAUCUGACCUUGACCAGUUACCGAAUGUGGGAGCAGGUUGCGACUGCGAAUGAUGUGUUCAAGUACCAGACGCCGUACGAGGUGCUGCUUUCCGAGAUGUAUUACAACCCCACGAAGUAUUUCAACGGGAGUGCACCUGCCAAUGUGACCGGCUUCAACAAUCACUGCACGCUUGACGGAGGGCAGUGCACUCGGCUCCCCAGUCCGGAUUCCUUCAUGUGGUUUGAUGAGUUGCACCCUUCGCAGCGAACGGACCAGGUUAUCGCCGAGGAGUUUGUCAAGGUUGUCAGGGGGACAGAUUUCACCAUGUCGUAUGCCCUCCCCGAAGUCCAACCACCACCAUACCCUAUCGCCAUCCGACCCGAAAGCAUCACCCGCCAUGAAGUGAUAGUGACUGUGACCAACCGCCCAGAACCAUGGCACUCGCUCGACUACUCCAUCGAACACGCCGGAACCGAACUCUUCACCGUCCGCGGCCAGCCCUGGAAGAUCAACCAGGCACGCAUGUUCCACGACCGCUCGGGACUCCCCCUCUUCGAGCUCCGGUGUCAAUGGUACGACUCCUCAUCUCUGUGUCUUCGCCUCCCCGGCGGGGACCAGUGUAUCCUCGAAGCAAAGUUGCGGGUUGCGAUGAACGCGCCGCGGGCGGUCGUCACGUUCCGGAAUGCCGCGCAGCAGCCGAGGUCAGCGCAAAGUGAGGAGAUUAUGUUGGAGGUGCAUACACAAGACCUGUAUAAUAUCCUCCAGGUGGUGGUUGUUCAGAAUCGCAACGUGGCGUACAUCCAUCGGAUAACGGAUCGGAGUGUCCUCGCCGAGGGACAACGGCCGCCGUUCCGUUUCAGACCCAAGUGGACGGUUCGAGUUGCGGAGGGGGUGGAUCUAUCGCUGAUAGCGGUUGUCGUGGUCAUUCUUGGCCAACGAGCCGGAUUGGAUGUAGGGGACGGUUGAUCAGCAUAUGGAGGGAACGGCAUAUCCAGUGAAUGUGUUCUGUAUGUAGGGUUUCCUGAUUAUGAAGAGCCUUUUAUUCUGUCCAUUUCAAGGUCAGUGCUUGGGUAUAGUGUCGGAUAUCUGGUUGUUAGAAGCUGG